ACAUUUUCCCCUCCACUUCCACACUCAUUCCCUCGCUAGACUCUUGAUUUGACUGACUCUCUUCCAAAUUUACACAAUUUUUAUCUUGAUAAGUAAAUUUAUUUUGACUUCGGCAUGGCCCCCCCGCAUCCCUCCACUACUAGAACCACCUCCCAUCGUCGCACCCUUCAUCGCAUCUCCGCCAAAGUGCUCCCCCCUCCAUUGGACAUGAAGAGUGCGACAAAGUCUAAUAAUAAUUCGCUGAUGAUGAUGCCGCUCGAGUCACAGAUUUUUGGAACGACGCAGAAAAUGAGCAGUUGGUCAUUCAACAGCACGACGAGAUUGCAGACGCUCCUCUCUACAAAUUCUAACCUUCUCGGCGUCCGUCCCUUAUCCCCGGCAAAUCCCCCACCCCCGCAUCAAGUUUAUCGUUCAUCCUCCUCAUCUUCGUCCUAUUCAACGUCACAAGUGGUCACAUUUCAAGAUUUGAAUCGUCGUAAAAGUAAAAAGCGACAAGGGAAAAAUCUGGCUCAAUAUUUACCAUUCAUUCAAAAUUAUACAAAAAUUAGACGUAAGAAAGAAGGAAAGACUGUUUCCGGGGGGUGUGAUUGGUUCUCUUCACUGCCAGAUGAGAUGGUCCUUCGGGUGCUUCGAAACCUACCGAAAUCUUCUCUUGGUCGGAUGGCACUAGUUUCAAAACGCUUUUCACGCUUAGUUUCUGACGAGUCAUUGUGGGAAAGGAUUGAUUGUAUCGGGUUGUCUCUGGGGGAUGGACAGCUUGGCGUCAUUUGUGAAAGGAGACCUGAUUAUUUGAGAUUGGCCAGGGCGGAGGUACCCUUCUCAGCCCUCCCUUUGCCACCAUCCACCCAGCUCCCCUUGACUCAUCUCGAUUUAACAAUGGCCUUGAUAAGCCCAGUCACAAUGCAAAUCCUCCUUGCCGCCUCACCGUCCAUUACUCACCUCUCUCUCGAGCACUGCACGUUGGACGACACUGUUUUGGCUGCCGUGGGGGAAAUGAAGGCGAUCAAAGUGCUCAAUCUCAGCAUGUGCUAUGGAAUGGGAGGACCUCAAGUGGGGAACAUGUUGGAAAAGGGACGUUUUCAGAGACUGACCGAGUUCAACCUCUCGUGCAUCCCGCAGCAAGAUAUUGAAAAGUGGACGUCUGAAGAUUUGAUCAAAAUUAUCAAUGCACUUCCCAUCGGAUUGGAAAGAUUUAAUUUUAGUGGAUUUCGUCAUAUUAUGUUCGACAGUCAUACUGCCCUGUUGGUAUCUCGUCUCCCGAACGUCAUAGAUUUAGACAUUUCUGAUUCUCAAGAACUGACUGGAACAUCUCUCGAGCAUUUAACCAAACUAAAAAAAUUACAGCAUUUGAGCUUGAGCAGGUGCUAUUCUAUUCAAGCACAGGCGUACUCCGUGCUGGGAACGAUUGCCACCUUGCGAUAUUUGGAAGUAUUUUCCCUCUUUAAACUCGAGUCCAUUGCCACUCUUUCGAAAGAAUUGCUCAAAGGGAUUGAAAUUAAUCAAUUUCCGCUCAGUGCCAUUGCUCGACCUACAGUUGGGAGUAGAAGGAGUACGAUUUGGGGGGUCAAAGUUCGAGACUGACUUUCGACUGAUAAAAACUUUGAUCUAAAAGUGUAUAUUGCAUAAUCUUUUUUUAUUAAUUUUGCAACAAAAAUAUUAUAAUUGCAAGUAAAUAAGUGUGCUCGAAGAAAAGGAUAAAAACAAUAAAAAUAUAAAAAAUUUACAAAAA